GGAAGCAAAACAGCCGGUGGUCAGGUAGUGAGUCUAGUGACCAUUCCCGCGGCUCGGACGCCAUUCGAUCUGUCAUAUCUACAUAUCGGAAAUUAAUUGAAAAGCUUCCCGUGUUACUCCACUCUGAUUCGAUUCUGAGUGUUUAAACAACCGAAGCAGAUACUCUUUCAUUCCAUAAUUUCCAUUUCUCUCCAGGGUUCGUUUUUAGUUUUAAUGGCUUCUGCCGGAGUUUCCUUAUAUCGAGAUCGGACGUCGGAAUUUCGUUUGGUGUCCGAAAGAUUAAAGAAGAUCGAAAGGCUGGCGGAUGUUCCCGGAACGGGGAAUGACCCGGAGACGUUGAAUGCAUCGCCGGCAAGCUCUUCUCGAUCUGAAUUCAAAAAGAUUGCAUCGAGGAUUGGUCUGGGGAUUCAUGAGACAUCUCUCAAGAUCUCGAGACUCGCUAAAUUGGCCAAAAAGUCAUCUAUGUUCGAUGAUCCUGUUGUGGAAAUACAGGAACUUACUGCUUUGAUAAAAGAUGACAUUACAGCACUCAACAUAGCAGUUUCAGAUUUACAAACUCUUCAGAACUUGGAAAUAGAUGAUGGAAACUAUUCCAAGGAUAGAGUUGUCCAUGGAACUACUGUUUGUGAUGACCUGAAGAACAAGCUUAUGGCAACUACAAAACAGUUUCAGGAUGUAUUAACUGCAAGAACAGAGAACGUCAAGGCUCAUGAAAACAGGAAACAGAUCUUCUCUACCAACGCAUCUAGAGAAAACCCUUUUCUGCAAAAAAAUAAUACAAAGACUGUGACUGAACCACCUCCAUGGUCAAAUAAAUCUAAUCCAUCUUCUGUCUUGCCACCUCUAGCCAGGGUGCCGUCUAGUGGACUUCAAAAUGGAAACCAACUGCGGCGAAGGUUGGCUACAGACAGUACUCCAUCCCAGCAUAUGGAAGCAUCCAUGUUACAAGAAGUUAUUCCUCGGCGAGAGAACUAUACACAGAGCCGUGCACUUGCUCUGCAAAAUGUGGAGUCAACAAUUUCUGAGCUAAGUGGGAUUUUUACACAUUUGGCUACAAUGGUAGCACACCAGGGAGAACUGGCAAUAAGGAUUGAUGAUAACAUGGAAGAGUCAUUGGUGAAUGUAGAAGGUGCUCACAGUGCCCUUCUGAAGCAUUUGAAUCGGAUAUCUUCAAACAGGGGGCUUUUAAUAAAGAUUUUUGCUGUUCUAAUAUUUUUCCUGAUUGUAUUCAUCUUCUUCAUGGCAUAAUAUAGUAGUUCAAGAAAUGUGUAUUUACUGUGCACCUUGAGUUGCGGGGUUUCUUUUUGUUCAUGUGUAAAGCUGGUCAGAGCCACAUGGUCAGCUAUUAUGAGUGGCCACAUAAUGGUGAAGACUGGGGAUGACUCAGUCGUGCAAGCUACUCUGGCAUCAUUGUUACAUACAUUGUGCUGCAUCCCUUAAAGGAGGUUUGUUAGUUACCCCUGUUCUGCAAGUCCUCUCAGGCUCUGAUUUGUUAAAUAUGUUAUGGGUUGUUCCUUGAGAAGGCUUUGAUAGUUGCCUCCAUGUUUAUUCAUUGUCAAUUAUGUUGGGUUUUGUUGAGGCUCAAGAAAAUGGAAGCAUCUGAUAGCACUUGAAGCUCUCAAGAUUCCUUUAUAUUGUUCUUUAGCAUUCUUAAAAGUUCUCUUUAUUGGGUAUUCUGGGAAUUGAACUGCACACAUUACAUGUAAAUAAAUUUCCAUUUAUAUAUAUACCUAUCUCCAAUGUUGAUUGCCA